AUGCUGUGGUGGCAUCCUGUCGGUUAUAUGGCCUGUCGCAUCCUAUCAGUUAUAUGCCAUGGUGGCAUCCUGUCGGUUAUAUGCUGUCAUGGCAUCUUGUUGGUUAUAUGCUGUGGUGGCAUCCUGUUGGUUAUAUGCCAUUUAUAUGGCGUGGUGGCAUCCUGUCGGAUAUGCCAUUGCAUCCUGUCGGUUAUAUGCUGGUGGCAUUGUCGGUUAUAUUCUGUGGUGGCAUCCUGUCGGUUAUAUGCCGUGGUGGCAUCCUGUCAGUUAUAUGCCAUUGUGGCAUCCUGUCGGUUAUAUGCUGUCGUGGCAUCCUGUCGGUUAUAUGCUGUGGUGGCAUCCUGUCGGUUAUAUGCCAUUGUGGCAUGCUGUCGGUUAUAUGCCAUUGUGGCAUCCUGUCGGUUAUAUGCCAUUGUGGCAUCCUGUCAGCCAUAUGCUGUGGUGGCAUCCUGUCGGUUAUAUGCUGUGGUGGCAUCCUGUCAGUUAUAUGCCAUUGUGGCAUCCUGUCAGUUAUAUGCCAUUGUGGCAUCUUGUCGGUUAUAUGCUGUGGUAGCAACCUGUCGGUUAUAUGCUGUGGUAGCAUCCUGUUGGUUAUAUGCCAUUGUGGCAUCCUGUCAGUUAUAUGCCAUGGUGGCAUCCUGUCGGUUAUAUGCCAUUGUGGCGUCCUGUCGGUUAUAUGCUGUGGUGGCAUCCUGUCGGUCAUAUGCCAUUGUGGCAUCCUGUCGGUUAUAUGCUGUGGUGGCAUCCUGUCAGUUAUAUGCCACUGUGGCAUCCUGUCAGUUAUAUGCCUUUGUGGCAUCCUGUCAGUUAUAUGCCUUUGUGGCAUCUUGUCGGUUAUAUGCUGUGGUAGCAUCCUGUCAGUUAUAUGCCAUUGUGGCAUCCUGUCGGUUAUAUGCUGUGGUGGCAUACUGUCAGUUAUAUGCCAUUGUGGCAUCCUAUCAGUUAUAUGCCAUUGUGGCAUCCUGUCGGUUGUAUGCUGUGGUGGCAUCCUAUCAGUUAUAUGCCAUUGUGGCAUCUUGUCGGUUAUAUGCUGUGGUGGCGUCCUGUCGGUUAUAUGCCGUGGUGGCAUCCUGUCAGUUAUAUGCCAUUGUGGCAUCCUGCCAUUUAUAUGCCAUUGUGGCAUCCUAUCGGUUAUAUGCCAUGGUGGCAUCCUGUUGGAUAUAUGCCAUUGUGGCAUCCUGUCGGUUAUAUGCUGUGGUGGCAUCCUGUCGGUUAUAUGCCAUUGUGGCAUGCUGUCGGUUAUAUGCCAUUGUGGCAUCCUGUCGGUUAUAUGCCAUUGUGGCAUCCUGUCAGCUAUAUGCUGUGGUGGCAUUCUGUCGGUUAUAUGCAGUGGUGGCAUCCUGUCAGUUAUAUGCCAUUGUGGCAUCCUGUCAGUUAUAUGCCAUUGUGGCAUCUUGUCGGUUAUAUGCUGUGCUAGCAUCCUGUCGGUUAUAUGCUGUGGUAGCAUCCUGUUGGUUAUAUGCCAUUGUGGCAUCCUGUCGGUUAUAUGCCAUGGUAGCAUCCUGUUGGUUAUAUGCCAUUGUGGCGUCCUGUCGGUUAUAUGCUGUGGUGGCAUCCUGUCGGUCAUAUGCCAUUGUGGCAUCCCGUCGGUUAUAUGCUGUGGUGGCAUCCUGUCGGUCAUAUGCCACUGUGGCAUCCUGUCAGUUAUAUGCCAUUGUGGCAUCCUGUCAGUUAUAUGCCUUUGUGGCAUCUUGUCGGUUAUAUGCCAUUGUGGCAUCCUGUCGGUUAUAUGCUGUGGUGGCAUCCUGUCGGUCAUAUGCCAUUGUGGCAUCCUGUCGGUUAUAUGCUGUGGUGGCAUCCUGUCGGUUAUAUGCCAUUGUGGCAUGCUGUCGGUUAUAUGCCAUUGUGGCAUCCUGUCGGUUAUAUGCCAUUGUGGCAUCCUGUCAGCUAUAUGCUGUGGUGGCAUUCUGUCGGUUAUAUGCUGUGGUGGCAUCCUGUCAGUUAUAUGCCAUUGUGGCAUCCUGUCAGUUAUAUGCCAUUGUGGCAUGUUGUCGGUUAUAUGCUGUGGUAGCAUCCUGUCGGUUAUAUGCCUCGGUGCUACAUUCUUAUCUUUCUCCUUCUGUCUUUUGCCUUUUCUUUCUCUUUACUUUUAGCUUGUUUUUCCUUUUUUCCUUGUUACUUCAUCAACUUCUUUUCUUUUUUCACAUUCUUCUGUUUUGUCUUUUUCAAUAUCUUCAUUUUUCCCCUAUUCCAUCUUUGAAUUCUCCUUCCGCAAAACCUUUUCUUUCUUCGUCUUUUUCUAUCUCACGCCUUCUUAAUCCAUUUUCUUUUCUUUCACUUCUUUUUUUCAUUUUUCUCCUUCCGCUCCCUCUAUGUUUUUCUCUUUUUCCUCAAUAUCUCAAAUCUGUUUCUUCUCUUUUCUUCUCACAUUAUUCCUUUCUUAAUCUACUUCGCUCUCUUUGUUCUAUUUGUCGCAAAUUGUCUUUAAUUUUCAUCUCUUCUUUUUCUUUCUUUCUUUUUUCUUUCUUUCUUUUUUCUUUCUUUCUUUUUUCUUUCUUUCUAUUUAAGAAUAUUUUCUUUGACUUUUAUCAUAUUUCCACACUCAAAUACUUUAUUAUUCUCAAUAAAUUUCUUUCUUUUUUCUUUUCAGCACUUUGCUCAUUUAUCUUGACUAUUUUUUCCAUCGCUGCCUUCUUAUUCCUUUCCUUCUAUGUCCACACUUCUUUCAUUCUACUUCAUGGAAAUACUUCAUCUUUCUUUCUUUCUUCAAAAAUAGUCUAA